UCCAUUCGAGCUCAACAAUGGCGGUCCUCUCUCCAUUCUCUCUUCUCCUUCUCCUCUUCUUCAUCUUCUCCACAUCCUCCGCAUCGACGAUCUACGAGAUCCUCACCGAGAAUGGCCUCCCCCAAGGUCUCCUCCCCGACGCCGUCAAGGAGUACUCCCUCUCUCCCAAUGGCGAGUUCGUCGUCGAGUUCUCCAAACCGUGCUAUGUAUUUUUCACUGAUCUUUUUUAUUAUGAGAAGAGGAUAACUGGGAAACUCGAGUAUGGCCGGAUCUCCAAUCUCUCUGGCAUCCAGGUCAAGAAGUUCUUCAUCUGGUCUAGCGUUGAGGGGAUCGUCGCCACCGAUGAUCGCACCCUUGAUUUCACUGUUGGUUUCCUCACCGAGAAGCACCGUUUCAGCGAGUUCGCCGAGAUCCCUACUUGCAGGUCAAAGCCCGGGACCUCUUGCCGCGGCGCCGAAUCUCUCCUCAUCUCUGAGGCAUAAAAAGCGAUGGCAACCAACCGUUGCGGUUGGUAACUAGUAUGAAUUACGAGAUCAAAGAUUAGACAUUGAAAAUAACUCUCAUCUCUCUGGACUUCGAUGAUACUUAUUUAAGUGCUUCUACUGUUAAGUUUUACUGCUGUCAUCUCCCUGAACUUGAAAACUAUUGCUUGUGUUAUCAUUCAAUAAAGACCUUUUUCGAAAA